AUGAGCCAUAAAGGACGGCAGGCAAGGAUGAGUGAGUGUUCUGGUGCAUCCGUAUCCGGGGCGGUGAUCCUGGAGGAACCUGAGGCUCCAGGGGCUUCAGGGGCUCGUGGCGAAGGCCAGGCCCAGGAUCAGGGUCCACUUCGCUGUGCACUUUGGCCUCGCCAGCAGACAUGGUUGUGUGUGGUCCCCUUACUUAUUGGUUUCAUUGGUCUUGGAUUGAGCCUGAUGCUUCUGAAAUGGAUUGUUGUUGGUACAGUACGGGAUUAUGUGCCAACAGACCUAGUGGAUGCUAAUCGAAUAGGCCAGGAUCCUAUCUUCCUCUCCAAGCCAAGCGGGAUUCCCAAAAGUCCCGAUACUACCACCACCACAACUACACCUACAGCUGAUGGCGGGAACCCCACGCCUAGAACCGUAACUGUGGCGAAAGGUAGAACACGAUCUGCCACUACCACCACUACUGGUGGAGCCUCAGGUAGCCAGGUAACCCCUCGGAAUCCUGUAAAUCGUAACGGACGUGGACCUUCAGGUUUUACUACGACCACCGCGCCGCCACGGACCACCUUCAUAAUUGGAGCGGCGACAGCUAGCCCUUCUCCGUCCAAUCCAACGGUACUCCACGACUCUACACAGAUGUGGACCCCGGAGCAUACUACAACUGAGACGGUCUCCACCACGCUCACCACGCGUACGCACAGCUACCGCAAAACACCAUCUCCAACUGUCCCACCGCUGCACUCGGAGCAUUUCAAACCCUGUCAUGAGAAGGACCUGGCCUACUGCCUAAAUGGAGGCGAAUGCUUUGUCAUCGAGACGCUCAGCGGGCCUCACAAGCACUGCAAGUGUCGAGAAGGCUACCAGGGAAUCCGCUGUGACCAGUUUCUACCGAAGACCGACUCCAUCCUGUCUGAUCCGAUUGACCACUUGGGCAUCGAGUUUAUGGAGAGCAAAGAGGUGUACAAGAGACAGGUGCUGUCAAUCACAUCCAUCGCCAUGGCGAUCAGCCUCCUGGGAACCCUCUGCAUGGCCCUCUACUGCCGCAACAAGAGGCGCAGAGAGAAGCUCCAGAUCCACCUGAAAGAGAGUCGCAGUCUGAAAAACUACACCACUAAUUCCCAUAACUCCCUCGAUGGCAAGACGAGAAAUCUCAACGCCAGCCUGCAAAUGCAUGAGUACUGCAAACGCUCCUCUCAGUCUCGCCAAGGCAAUGUUUGCGAGUCCAGCUUUGCACACUGCAACAUCACCACCACAGCAGCCAACAGCUCCAGAGGAACGGCAAAACAUCACAGAAGUGGUUCUUUGUCUCACAGCCCCGAUCAGAGAACUCGGGCAUCCCAUUGGUCAGCUCCCCGUCGGACUCCGCCCAUACCAAGAGGAAGGUUGAAUCCGAUUGGUGGAUCCAAGUAUUCGGGCCCCGCCUACCAACACCUUCAGGAAGUGGACUCGUCUGAGAGGGACGCCGAAGCACAGAGAGGUUGCCAGAUGCAGGGAGAUAACCGACACAACGACCCCAGACGAGAUGCCUUCCUACAUAUGCAAACUCCUGUUUCCAUGGAGAUGACUUCGACAUCGCCUUGGAGCGACCACGUGGAGGUGCGUUCAGGCCUGUGCGCCCCGUUCCAGAACCACGAUCUGAAUCCCGUCACCCGCAGCCUGCGGAGGCCCGGCCGCCGUCACAACCAGUCACCUCCGCCUCCGUUUCGCUCCUGCUCCAUCCCCAUCAUCCCCUCCGUCCAGUGUCACCAUGACAAUGAGGUGUCUUGUAUGCAAACCGCCGUCACCCCAGCUACCACAGUGAUGUCAACCUGCGGAGCAACGCCCUGCAAGGAAGAGAGGAGAGAGAGAGCAGCACACGCCGCUUUGUCUUCUACUUCCUGCUCGUCCACCAUUGGCCAGAAGCGGGAUGAGGUGGCGCUGCUGUUGGAGGAAGCGCAGGAGCAACUGCGGGCGUUGGCGUUGGCUCACAGGAAGCAGGAAGAAGGUGGAAUCGGCAGCAGCAGCAGCGGUGGCGGCGGUGGCAACGGCUCGGCGGCUGCACCGGUGGAAGCCAGAGAAACUGUUUGCUUCCUGAACCUUAACGGAGGAGGAGUCGGAGCGCUGAGCUGUAACGGACCCACGCAGACCCAGUUACUCAGCCCCAGCCUAUCACACAGAGACCUGGGCCAAAGCGGCCAAUGA